AUGAAUCCGAACCGAGAGGUUGGACGCCGUUCCAGGGUAGCCAAGGGCAAGCGAACGUCGGUUGCUUCCGAUCGGCGGCUGUCAUUGUCGCCAGGCUCAUGCGCUUUUGGGGUGGGUGCGGGCGCUAAGCGACAUUCGGCGGUUGCCGCGACUGUAUCGCCGCUGCUCGUGCCCGACACCGGUGGCUGGAAAGUUGCCAAAAUGGGUGGCUGCCCACGUUUGCCCGUGCAUGGUGCUGCCCUGCAGCCGGCUGCAACGCGCAGAGUCAGACAGCUGAGGCAGCUGAUGCUGCUGACCCCCGCCUGCCGCCCUUCCUGCAUCCGCUGGGUUCGUCCAAAUGUCGCAGGCAUGCUGCCCAAUGACGAUGCAAGCAGUGGGUGCCGACUUGUCGAUGCGCCCGCUCGCAUCGCCCGCUCCCGACCUGGUUCGGAUGCAGUCGAUCCAGCUCCCAACAAAGGCCGUGCAGUGCCUGAGCCACGCCUCUCCAACUCGAUUGUUCCAAUCCCUUCCGAGUCGGGCGAUCCCAGGUGGAUCCGGGUCGUUCCUUCCCAUCCAUCCCUCCUUGCUACCAUCUCGCCCCCUAUCCCCAUCUCGUUAUCGCACCCAUCUUACAUCGACCACAUACAACUCCCUAGUAAAGUGCUGAUCACUCAAAACGCCCAAGACGAGCUGCCCUGGCUGUGA